AUCGAGUGGGUGAAAAGCUUCGAUAUUUUUGUGUAUAUAUUCUUGUGGCAUGCGGCUAAAAUACACCGUACUACAUUCGAUGGAUUCUAUAUUUUGACCUGAAUAGUGGUGCAAUUUUUUUGAAAAAAUUGUGUGUUCGAUACCCGAUGAUCAUUCGUAACGAAAGACGAGCGUGAUUUCUUCGAAUGGUGCAUUCCUGAUUUUCCUCCGAGUUAUUUUGAUACUGUUUUUGGAAUAAGCGGCCGAAAGGCCCUUGUUAAUGAUGUUCUUUUUCUCUUGCAACACUCCGGAAAUCGGUUCGAACGUCCGAUCGAUACGAUAGAUAAGAUUCUAUUGAAAAAUUGAUGUUACUGAAGAAUGUGCAAUUUAAGUUACACGGAAGAAUGUUAUGCUACUUAUUUAUUGGAAUACUUUUGAAUACCAAAAUCUGAAUGAACGAGGAAUUUAAACGUCAUCAGGUACAGGGUCGAGCAAUUAAGUUUGUGCGAGUUGUUCCCGAUCUGUAUACAUCAUUUAUAAGAUUUUACCGUGUAUCGAAAAUUGUGAUAUUGUGGACUGAUAUGAUCGGGCAGUGACAUGUCCAAAUCAGUGUAAAUUCAAUUAUCAAUAUCAGCAAGUUGAUAUUCCGCUCGAACUCUUGAACCCCGAGGUAGACCCAGUUCGAAAGCUGUAAUCCGUCGUAAAUGAAAAAUGGAACGCCUAAAAGAACGUUGAAUUUUUGGCGAUCCAAAUUUCUUUCACCGCAUCCAUGACCGCUGUGUAAAAGUACAUUUUGAAUUGUACGUGGUAUUCAUUUUUACCUUCCGGGGAAACGACUCCGCCAUUUUGCAAUCAAAGGCAUAAACGGUUGGCGAAGACCUCUCUCAAGAUAUUCGAUCGCACAGAUUUUUUCUCUUCAGCUAAAGAAUAUUUUCGCACAGCUUACCCCGGUGUAAGCUCAUCGUCCAAGACUUCCGGCGUCAUAAUUAAAACGCGAUCAAAUUGGCGCAAAGAUGAUUUCGUUACAGUCGCGGUUUGAAGGAAGAAAAAAAAAACCUGAAUGGGAAUUGUAAAACGAGGUGGCAAGGGCGGUAAACGAUCUAAUCUGUUAAUGCACUGGACUUCCGCUCUUCCAUUGUUCCGUACGAUCCAUUAGCUGAGUUCUCCCUCGGCGACAUCAGAUCGUCGGUUCCAAUCGACGUCCCCCUAACUCAUCGCCACGCACGUGCCAGGCAUUUUAUGCCAUUUCGUUGACACGUGCGGUCUUUGAUGAUAGCCGAACGUCACGACAGCAUUUUAGAGAAACCUGAAUCACCCUUCUCGCGUAAGAUCGAAAAAGCAGGAAAACAAAAUAAUUGCGGUAACCUGCCCAAGCUUCGAGAAUUCCCAUUUGAAUCUGAGCGUACACGGCGUUCCAACCGCGCUUUUUUUAUCCCCGCGCUCGAUCCUCCCGUAGUAUAUUCUCGCAGUUUUCUACCCUUCGGAGAUCUUCCCUAGAGAGUUCGCGGAUUAGGGUUGGAGAGCCACCACUCCAAAUAAACACCCUCAUCCCUCCUCAUCCGCGUCUCGUUCUGCCCCUCGGCGUUGUCGUAUAUCCCUUCUAGAAGCGAAUCUCCUCUGUUAUCUAUACGGUGGUUCGCACGAUUUCAUGUUGGUUCAGGUUCGCCCACGACCUUGCAUCACCUCGAUGAAAUAUAUAAUCGAAAUUUGAACAAACGAACGUUCAAACCCUCCCACUGUCCCAUGAGCAAACAAGGGACGACACUCCUGUAGAAAAAUUUUACAUCUGAUCCGAAUCAAUCCGAACAAUAUGUUUUCCAUCACAUACUCGGUAACAGGACACUACCGUGUAAUAACGAAGAAUGAUAUGCUCAUUUUAACUACACGAGAAACUUAAAAAAAAUGGACGUUCAUAACCCUACAAAAUAGCGUUCUCUUUAUACUGGGGUGUUUUUUUGUUUCGAAAGUUAUCAGAGAAUCUUUUUGAAAUUUUCUUCCGAACUUCAAGUAUUUUCUAGUAUCAGGUUUCCAGUCCAUUCGUUCUCGGUAUUUCAAAUACUGCGGUUCAACGGAUUCACGCUUUUUCUUGGACACCCUUUAUGUGCGCACCAUUCAGUUUCGUAUAGCCCGGAGAUAUUGGAAAAUGCAGGAAUCGUACUUUUCCUCGUCUUUGAGACACGCAUUGGUAGCUACCUCACAUAUCCUCCGACAUAGUAUACCGAAGGAUUCGACAGUGCUUAGGAUAUUUCUCCAAUAGAAUAUAAGAUUAUCUGCGAAUCCAUUUUCGAACUGCGAAUGCGAGACCGAUGAUAAAUGAAAAGGGCUGCGAGACAAUAAAAAAACUACAACGACAAUAAGGCAACCCCAAUAAUUGAAAAAUGUCCGGAUUCGCAUCUGCGGGUUUUGGGGCCUUCGACUCCUUGAAGUCGAAAGCGUCACAGAAAUUUUCUGGAUUACGACGAAGCAAUACCGGCUAUGAGGAGUUCGAAAUGCCCCCGAAUAGUGGUAGUAAAAGCAACCAGGGGUUCGAGGACGAACGCGGUUACAAUCUCAACGCGUCGUUUGAUUCUUUACCAGAACCAGAACGCCCCCCGCUUCGGCACAUCGACACUUACUGCAUGCCGGAAUGCCCCUGCCUCUCCAAGAGGUACACCAUAGCGGUGUUGGCCUGCAUAGGUUUCAUAAUCUCAUUUGGCAUGAGGUGUAACAUGGGGAUGGCCAAAUUGACCAUGAAUAAUUCCUCCGCCUCUGGUAGCGUGACAUUCAAUUGGACGAUCGGAACCGAAAGCGCGUUGGAUUCGUCUUUCUUCUGGGGUUACCUGGUCACACAGGUACCGGGAGGAUUUCUCGCCUCCUUUUAUCCCGCCAACAGAAUAUUCGGACUGGCGAUCGCUACCUCCUCCUUUUUAAAUCUACUCGUUCCCGGGGCGCUCAAGGUCGAUCCUAUCAUGGACAUGUGCGUCCAGAUAUGCAAGGGCUUGGCGGAGGGUGUUACGUAUCCAGCCUGUCACGGUAUUUGGAAAUACUGGGCUCCACCCUUGGAAAGAUCUCGCUUGGCCACUCUAGCCUUUUGUGGAUCUUACGCCGCCGUUGUCAUAGGAAUGCCUUUGUCCGGAUACUUGACGCAAUGGUUCGGUUGGACCGCUUCCUUCUACUUCUAUGGUGUCUGCGGUCUCAUAUGGUACUGUUUCUGGCUCUGGCUCAGUUUCGAGAAACCAUCCAAGCAUCCUUGCAUCUCAGCCAGAGAAUUGCGCUACAUCGAAGAUUCACUGGGUCAAGGUCAGGCCGAAAUACCGAUGCCUACGUUCUCGACUACCCCGUGGAAGAAGUUCUUCACAUCCAUGCCCGUCUAUGCGAUCAUCGUAGCGAACUUUUGCAGAUCUUGGAACUUCUAUCUACUCGUAUUGUUUCAGGCUCGAUUCAUGCACGAAUCCUUCGACAUGCCACUCGUUGAGACCGGAGUGGUUGGUUCCCUCCCCCAUUUGUUGAUGACGACGAUCGUUCCCUGCGGAGGUCUGUUGGCCGACCAUUUGAGAAAACGUGGAAUAUUAUCGACGACCAAUGUUCGAAAAGUUUUCAACUGCGGUGGUUUCGGUAUGGAGGCUAUAUUUUUUUUGGUAGUUGCAAACGCAACGACUAACAGAAAUGGCACCGCGGCUACCAUCGCUCUGACGAUCGGCGUGGCUUGCAGCGGUUUCGCUAUAUCCGGUUUCAACGUCAACCACCUCGACAUCGCGCCACGAUACGCGAGUAUCUUGAUGGGAAUGUCGAACGGCAUUGGUACGAUCGCUGGUCUCCUAGUGCCGUUUUUCGUCGACAACAUCACGAAGAACAAGGACGCGCACAGUUGGAGAAACGUUUUCAUAAUCGCCGCUUGCGUUCAUUUCGUCGGCGUGACUUUUUACGCGAUAUUUUGUUCCGGCGAACUACAACCGUGGGCAGAUCCGACCAUAGAAGAACAAAACAGCUGGAAUCCUCUCGACGAUUUGGGCAAAAGCAAACCUCCCCUACCACCUCCACCGAAGCCGGUCCAGCCUGAAUUCGUGAAACAACCUUCCCUGACGAGCGGAGGAGAUUGGAACAAUUACGAGCAACCCGCACCGGAGAACCACCUUUAUUCGCAAGUCGACAAGCGAAUCCACGACGGCAACCAGGUGGCGAGUUACGGGUCGACGGAGACGAACGUCAAUAAUCCGUUUCACUCGUCGAAUCCGUUCGCCAGUGACGUAAGCGCGUCUCUGGUUCAGCCACCUGCCAUGGACGAUUACACGCACGAUGUGAUGGAGAAACAACAACAACAGUGGAACUAAUACGAAGCAGUCGAGGGGGUGAGUAAAACUCGGGUUACGAGGCGAGAUGUCUUCUGAAUUUCGGGUAGGGAAGAUCGAAAUGCAAAAUCGAGAUCGGUGAUCAAUAAUUCCACUACUUUUAACGGGUCUAACUUAUCCAUCGUUCGAAGUGAAUGAGUCACGAGCGGACAGAAUUUUUAGCUACGGAGCACUUCGAUUGCGGUAUUUUGCGGUGGUUAAUUUUCUCCAUAAUUUUGCGGCUUGGGCCUGACAAAGGAGUGAAAUUUGAGGGAAAUGUGUGCUGAGAUUAUUGAGGAACUCGAAUCUCGGUCGUUGUAAUUCGUUCUCCGCAUUCGGGGGGAAAGUUAUUUUGGGGUCAAAAUUAGAUAUCAUUAAAUACGAGGCAUUAUAUCACACGGAGAACAGCAGUAGCGGUAAAAAUAUAGCAAUAAAUGAUGUUUGAGCGUGACGAAAUUUAUACGUCAGAGAAGAAACGCCGUAGUCGUCAUCGUUGGAAGAACAGUACAAAUCGACCUGGGGAUAAAAGUACGAUAUCAGUACGUAUUAAACAAAAAAUGAUUAUAGACAAAGACCAGAGAAUGAAAAACUAAAUAAUACCUCGACGAAUCCGUGGAACAGAGGAGGAGGAACAUUGAAAGAUCAAAAACCCAAGCCUACGAACAAAUGAAAGUAUCAUGAGGAAAUUAGUGAAAGUAUUUAGGAAAAUUGUAUGUAAUAAACGGCGAAAGUAUAGGGACGACGUAAGUUGAAAUGAAUUUAAUUUUGGAUAAAUUAUAAGAUAAAUGAAACGAAACGUAGGUACGGAUAUUAUUACGUGUUAGGUAUAUGAAUUAUGAAACAAAAGAUAAGAAUUCGGUGAACGGUAGGAAACGGUGAAUAAAGUAUAUGAUACAUAUUAGAUAUAUAUAUAUAUAUACAUACACGAAUGAAAGUAAAUGAGAAAGUAUUCGAAAAUAAUUGCAAAUAUCAUAAAUCGUAACUAUAAAACAUAAUAACUAAUGUAUUCCGACGUAAAGUUUAUGAAUAUAAUAUAGUAUGGUACUAUGUGAAUGCAAAAUUCAGCAAACCAAUCGCAAUAUACAUGAAUCAUGCAAAAGAAGUUACACGGGUCUCACGCGAUGGAAGAUUUUUAAGAUACUCGAAUAAAAUCUCGUUGCUCGAGACCGACGAAAGAAUCUAGUCAAUUUUCCGCGAGAUGUUUCUGAUUAAUAAUAACAAUGAUACGAUAUUAUAAAUGAAGAAAGUAUAUAAAUAUAAAUAUAUUAUAUAUACACACACAGAUAUAUAUAUAUAAAUAUAUAUACGCCAACCGACCGCGUUGAGCGAGCUGCAGUAUUAAAUACAAUUUAAUAAUAUAUUAUACAUAUAGCAAUUGAUUCGUUGCUUAUCUGUUCAGAAGCUUAUAACGGACAAUAUCUAAAUGUGUUGUUAUGCAUUUAACUUGAUACAUAAGAUGGAAUAAGUGAGAAGAUUGCUGUAGGAAAAAAUUCGACUUGAAUAUAAUCGCGACAAUAAGUGUAACUCGCAAAAGUGUUUGGCAAUUGCGAUAACUUGGUGAAUUUGAAUAACAAAAUGAAAUCACAUCACGUCACGCACACCCAAUUAGUACUGUAUAUUUUCAUUCAAAAUUUGAUUCUAAAACUACGAAAAUUUCACCGUAAAGGAAAUGAUAAAAAAAAGCUGACUCACAUAUUUCUUGCAAUCAACAAUAAUAAUUUGUAUAUAUAUUGAAAGAAAAAGAGAGAAGAAAAUCAGAUCAUUAUUAUAUGAUAUACAUAUAAUGACAUAUUAUAGUAGUUUAUUGAAUUUUGUGAUUUAAUUUUAUUACAUAAUUGUUGUGGAAUUGACAAUACACUAUAUAUAUACCGUAAUAAUUAUUACAUAAAUAAUAUUAUACAUUAUUAUACAUAUACACAGAUUUGAAAACGAGCAAAAACAAAAACCAAAGGAUAAGAAAAAAAAGUAGUGACUGGCCUAAAAUAAUUUCUGGCUUGGUAAAUCCAAAGAAUAAUUGAGUAAAAAAAAAAAAGAAAUAAUAAGAACAUAAAAAUAAAUAAAUAAAUAUUUGAAUGAAACUCGAAAAUUAUACAUAUACAUAUAUAUUAUAUAUAUUAUACAUUAAUUAUACCUUACUUAUGUAUAGGAUAAGUUCAAUGCUGUUCGAACAAUAACGAUUCGUGUACUUAUAUUAUAUUAUACAUAUAAUAUACGUAUGAAUUCAAUAAUAAUUUACGACAAUAAAUAAUGCAAGGUGUACUAGAGAUCGAAAUUAUUAGGGAAUGUAUAACAAUUCGUGGAAAGGUAAUUAUAUAUCUAUAUAGAGAAUUGGUAAGAAGUUUGUUGAAUUUUCACAAAUCUAUGAUUACAUAAAAAUAUAUAUGAAAAAAUGAUAUUACGUAUGUGUAUGUACUUGUAAAUGUAAAUCCGCUGAUUGUAUAAUGUAUUAUAUGCUAAGCUCUUCUAGUACACCUUGUAGUGUUCAAUUAUUAGCUUGUUAGCCGUAAGUUGUUCGUAAUAAAGCGUCUGCUGUUAUGAUGUAUCGAAAUACAUCAAGUAGGAUUUUUAAUAUUAUAAUAAUUUACAUUGCGUUGCAUUCAUCGAAAACUGCGGGCUCGGGAUACAAAUUUGAAAAAAGUUUCGCUAAAAUAUUCAGCAAUUUUACUGUAACUUAUUACAACUUGUCUCGUAUAUCUAUACUAUACGUUCGAGUUACACCGACUGACAUAAGCCCUUCGGCGCUGAGAAGCAAUACCUUUUGAAGGUGUCACACAGUUUACGAAAAAUUACCGAAAAUUAAGUACAAGAAGAAACAAAUUAAUCGACACAAAAAAAAAAUGAUGAAAUUAAUAACGAUAUUAGUAUAUUUAUACACAGCGAAGGCGUAUACAUAAUAAAUUACAUAAUACACUAUGUACGACAAUAUGAAAAGACAAUAGUCGAAACAGCUGCCUGAUUAAAUGUAGUUGAGCACAAAAAAAAAAAACAGCACAUUGAAUUUUUGAUACGUAUAUACUCUGUGCCAUGUCUGCGUCGUUUUUAUAGACGUGAAUUUUCGAUUUUCAUAAUUCGUACAACUUUACGUUAAUCGUUGGAUUUUAUUUACAAAAAAAAUUUCGAUUAGCUUCUCAUAAUUUUCGUGAUUUUUUUUUUUUUUUUGUUUUAUU